AUGAGGAUUCAAGGUGGCGGCGUUGCCAAGGGUCGUCAGUAUUUGCCACAAAUCUUAACGGCGUUGGCCAUAUUGGUUAUUGCUAAUGCAGUGUCGGCAGACCCUUAUGUAUUCUCUUCUCCACCACCUCCUUUGUAUGAUUAUAUGUCAACACCACUUCCUUCUCCUUCUCUGCCACCACCUUACGUGUACAAAUCUCCACCUCCACCCUCACCUUCUCCCGCACCUCCAUAUAAAUUCACAAGUGAAGAUACUCCAGUUCCUACUGAUGAUAUACCAGACAGGGAAAAAUUUAUGAUUGUUGAAGCAUGGAAACAAUUAGCAACACUUCCCUCACCGUCUCCACCAUCACUUUCACCACCACCCCCGUAUUACUACAAGGCUCCUCAUCCACCUUCACCAUCACCUCCACCACCAUACUAUUAUAAAUCUCCACCACCGUUCUCACCAUCACGACCCCCUCCAUAUUAUUAUAAGUCUCCACCGCCACCGUCUCCUUGA